AUGUAUAGCCGCUGGUUAUUCAUGAAGGAUUCAUUUGUAUAUAUCAUUUGCUGUCUACAUCUAUCUAUCUAUCUAUCUAUCUAUCUAUCUAUCUAUCUAUCUAUCUAUCGCAGUCAGUCAAUCUAUCUAUCUAUCUAUCUAUCUAUCUAUCUAUCUAUCUAUCUAUCUAUCUAUCUAUCGCAACCAGUCUAUCUAUCUAUCUAUCUAUCUAUCUAUCUAUCUAUCUAUCUAUCUAUCUAUCCCAUUCUGUUCAAAUCUAUCGUAUACUUUUCAAUUCUAUCUACAGUUCCAGUUUUUCAUUCUUUUCUUUUGUUUCCCUCAUUUCCUUCUUUAAUUCACGACUUUUCGGAAAUUUUUCUUUUUUUUUCUUUCCUUCCUUGCAAUGACAGUUAUAAGUAUUCCAUUUCUUUGAAGCAGAUGUUAAAUGCAUUAAAAAGCGUUAUCAUUGAAGCCGACUUUCUUUUUCUUUCUUUCUUUUUCUUUCUUUCUUUUCUUUCUUUCUGUUCUUUCUUUUCUUUUCAGUGUUUGUUUGUUUGUUUGUUUGUUUGUUUCUUUCUUUCUUUCAGUGUUUCUUUGUUUGUUUGUUUCUUUUCUUUUUUCGUUUCUUUCUUUCUUUCUUUCUUUCUUUCUUUCUUUCUUUCUUUCUUUCUUUCUUUCAGUGUUUGUUUGUUUGUUUGUUUCUUUUCAGUUUUUCGUUUGUUUUUUUUCUUUUUCGUUUCUUUCUUUCUUUCUUUCUUUCUUUCUUUUCUUUCUUUCUUAUUAUAUACGCUUCCUUUCAUUCGCUAA